UAUCCCUUCCCUAUUAUUUUUCUUUAUUUUCGUUUCCAAUCUUUUAAAUUGUCAUUGGCACAAAUACACCACCAGUGCCAUAACAAAAAAAAUAAAAACGAUCACGUCAAUAUCACGUCAAAACAUUUCGAACAUCAAAUCCCACUAAGAAUUACUGAUAGUACAAAUCUCUAUUAAAUAACUGUAGUUUUCUUGUAAUUCAGACGUGAAGUGUUAUAUUAAAUCUAAAUAAGUUAAAUAAGAGUAGAAAAUCUGUAAAAAUGAAGAUUCCUUAUGUGGUAUCGCUCAAUGCGCGGGCGGCGUACGAUUGCUCCCCGGUGAUGAAGACGUCGUCUACCGAAGCUAAUCGGUUGCUGAUCGCCGAAGACUUUGAAUGGGACGACGGAGUCACCCCGGCUCCUCUGACCUACUUUGCCGCCCUGACCCUCUCCAAGAUAUUCAGAAGACUCAACCCCUUACACAAAAUCCUGCAAAAAGAUGUCGACAUGCUCAUGGACCUAUUCCCAGCAGAAAUACCGUUGAAAUUCAGUGUCCCGCAUAUUAAGGAUGAACGAUACUGGCAAAGAUCUUUCGAAAAAAAAUUUCCUCGUAAGAAAAUUCUGGGCGAGCAGUAUUGGAAAGGGAAGUAUCUGUCUGCACGCUUGCAGGACUACUUGGAGACAGCCAACCCUGACGUUUUCAUAUCUAAAGAUGCUGCUGCUCUGGCGAAAUUGGUUGCUCCGUAUAUUUAUGAGCUGAGGUUGAAUGAGUUGCAAAUGGUACGCCAACCAACACCCGCAGUCCGUACCGAGCAUCUCAUCGAAGACACUUGUCCAUUCAGUGUGGAAAAGGUUUAUGACCAUAUUCCUUUAGAGCCUGUACUGUGUCGACUGUACAAACUUGAGGAAAUUUCUAUCGUUUUUGGCAUUAAUGAUCUUCAAGAAAGAUAUCUUCCAAGAUAUUUUGAAUUCUCAAUGGCAGAUAUUGAAUCACUCUGUAAAGGUCUAGAGCAUCUGAUGAAUUUAAAAACUGUUCGUAUUAAUCGUAGCAAUAUGGACUGUUCUAAAGUGAAGCUGCUUCUACAAAACCUUAUCAAGAAGGAUACUCUCGAAGAGCUUGAUUUUAAUCAUUGUAAAAUAGGAGAUUACGGCAUGAAAGCCUUGGGUGGAUUUAUAUAUCUGCAUAAUAAUAUUAAAAGAGUAAGAAUAGCCAACAAUCGGUUCAAGGAGGUUGGUGUGCAAGGGAUAGCUUACGCUUUGCAGAUGAAGCCUGCGGCCCCUAUCGAGUUACUAGAUUUCAGUUUGAAUCCUAUGUCGCUGGAGUGCGCGACGAUGUUUGCAGCUGCGUUCGUCCGAUGCAAGGAGAAGCCGCAAACUUUAAUUGUGAACUCUUGUGGUUUCCAUGGAGCGUCAGCUGAGAAGAUGGCAGGCCUUCUGACCCUGAAUCGAGGUUUGACUAGAUUGGAUAUGGCAUCAAAUGACAUGUCUGGGCCUGCCGAGGAAACGCUCAUCAAAGCCCUUGAACGCAACAGAAACAUUCUGAAAAUUGAUUUGCGUCGUACUCAAAUCUCAGAUGAAACUCAAGCCCGGGUCGAUGAACUUUUGAAGCGCAACUUCGAAAUGAUCGGAGUAGAACGCGAACCUAGCGCCGAGAUUCCACCACUAUACCUCAAUGAACCCGAAUACCUCAUUUGGCAGUACAACCCUAACAACCCUGAUUUCAUUCCGGGUCGUUACCCUGAGAGAGUCCCUGAAGUCUAGACUAACGUGCGAACUUUUAUAGAUACAUUAUGUUGGUUUAUAUAAAAUUUUAAAUGUUAUAGAUUUAUACAACAAAUAGAUAGUCUUGAAGCUAGUUAAAAAAAUAUAUUUGUGUGGCUAAUGAAAGUCGAUUUGAAUAUUUAUAAUUGAAUAUUUUUGCCAUGACUCAUACUACUAAUAAAAUGAAAUAAAAAACAUUCCAACUAUCGUGAAAUACAUCUAAAGAUGUGUGAGUGGAUUCGUUUGAAUAUGAAUGAAAACCACUGAAUAGAGUUGCCAUUGUUAGGUAUCAUCAUUAUCAUCGGACUAUUGUUAUAACUACUUAUUUACCAUAAUAAUAGUCUUAUAAAAUACUUAUGAUAUGACAAAUUAACGGGAUUCUCUUAAAAUGCAUAAAUGUUUUUGUCAUAAUUGUAAUUAGCAUAAUCCUUUUUGUAUAACGGGUUUUAGCAUAAUAGUACUUUCCCAUAAUAACAUCUAGGAAUACUGGUUUCUUAGGUAUAACUUAUUUUUGGACUAAUAUUUGUUGGUAUAAAUUUGAUUCGCAUAUAAAUAGGUAUCCAUAAUUCUUUUUUAGAAUAAUGGUGUUUUUUCAUAAUUUUUACAAGGCAUAACAGUAGGUUAGGGUGCGGCGGGGGUGGCCCUUGGGCCACCCCUACGCCGCCAGCAUGUUUAUCUUACACACGAAAAGUAUACUGAAUGAUGACCAACAGCAUGAAAUAGUGUCAAAAAUAUAAAAAAGUCACAAUCAUGAACCAAAUUCAGCCAAGGAAAAAGUAAAUUUCGAAAACGUUCAAAGUUGUGCCAAAACUUUUCUUAUUCGGAGUAGUUUUUAUGCUUAUAAUAAUUAUGCUUAUAUAUCAUUAUUGUCAUUAACUAUUAUGCUUAAAGUAGUUAUGAGUUUCAAAAUUAUGCUUAAAAAGUUAUGACAAAUUAAUACUAUGCGUAACUAAUAUUAGGACAAGUAACAGUAUGCCAUGGUAAAUUAUUACAUACUUACUUACAAAAUUAACAAAUACUUAGAAGCAGAACCGAGUGAGAAUAAUUACAAGGGUUAUGUAAAGGGGAUCAUUACAAUAAUAAAUGAUCCCUUAUUCAAUGCAAGGGCUUGUUUGAAAUAAAGUUUUAUUUCUUACGGUCUGGAUGAAACAGUCCUUUUGUAAUGUAAUCAUACGAUUCGGUAGGUACAUCAAAUAUACGAACGUAAGUUUAUGUGCUAUGUGCAAUUUGCUACUUGACAGACAUUUUUAUGCGAUUUUCUAUCUGUGUAUUACAAGACCCAAAACACAGACUGCCAUGAUUGAGCUUCGUGUGACGUCAAAUAUCACAAAAUAAACAAAGACUAUCUGUCAGGUUUCAAAUUAUACUGUUUGACAGAUUGUUUAUUGAAAAAUGACGUCUCUCGGGAAAAUGCCACGUGACCAAACGUUUUCGCACAAAAUUUGAAAUUAUUGAAGAAUACAUACAUACAUACAUAAACUCACGCCCGUAAUCCCUAAUGGGGUGGGCAGAGCCACAAGUAAUCAGAGACUACUUGCAGCCACUGUUGAUACGAAGUCCAAAGAUGGAUAUGAUGAUUGAAGAAUAAUUUGUUUUUUUUUUCUAUUAUAUAAUGC